GUCGCACUUGUAUGCCGCUGUUAUUAACAAUUGGGAAAAACUACUGGGAAAACUACUAGGAAGCAAAGCGCAAGGCUACAGCAAAGACGCUAUUCUAUAUGCCGCACUGCGAGCAGUUCCUCUACGACAACCUCCUAGGCGCCAACUCCGCAACGCUCGCCAACCUGAUGAUCAUCGGCAACCACUUUUCUGGUUACCAGGAUGCCCAAACUGCUGCACAGUUCCUUGCACGCUCGCCCAACAUCGCCCACGCCCUUCCUUCGCUCAGCACCACCUCGUUCCCGCCCGAGUCCCAGCUCGGCCUGCGUCACGCACCAUUCGCCUUCACUGACACCUGCCUCCAGCAUUUUAGAACGGGUUGUUCAGUCCCGGCACAGCACUCGCCGUCCGCUGGGCCUCAAACAUCGGCUGCAGCCGACUCGCCAGCUCCAUAGCCUGGUCGACAAAGAACCCGCGGCUCUUCGCCACCAGCAGCUCCUGCCCCGUAGGCGUAGAAGUAAAGUAGUAAUAGAUUCCGAAAAGCACCAGUGCCGACACCAAAACCACAGUCAAGGCGAACCGCAGAAUCCGGUAGAGCGUGUUGCUGAACAACCGCACAGUGAACACUCCCAGCCGCAGACCACAGUAUACAAAAAUCGCCUCCAGCAGGUAUGUCAGCGAGGUGGC